CAUCUGUGGAACAGUUCCCAGCGCAGCGCAAAGAUAAAUCAAAAUGGCAUUUGCUGGAAUUCUCAAGGACGAGGAUGUGGCUGCAGCCCUUAAGGAUUGCGCUGCUGCUGACUCCUUCAACUACAAGAACUUUUUCGCCAAGGUUGGCCUGAGUGCAAAGACCCCCGAUGACAUCAAGAAGGCCUUCUUUGUCAUUGACCAGGACAAGAGUGGCUUCAUUGAGGAGGAUGAGCUGAAACUGUUCCUGCAGAACUUCUCCGCUGGUGCCAGGGCACUGACUGAUGGUGAGACCAAGGCCUUCCUCUCAGCUGGUGACAGCGAUGGUGACGGCAAAAUCGGAGUUGAUGAGUUUGCUUUGCUUGUAAAGGCCUAAGCAUUCAUGGACCCUUGUCUUUGGAACCAGAGCUCUGCUUACCUAUCAUCUUUUUUAUAUUUAUUUAUGAAUGCCCUGCAAACUCCUCCUUUCAAAGAACGCACGUUCAAUGUCUUGAAAAGCUAUUUAUUAUUAAUGUUGUUUCAUUGCAUUGUAUUGUUCUGUAAAAAAAAAAACCUUCUGUGUGCAAACUUACAAUCUCUUUUGCACUUUAAGGAAAUAAAAAUACAUUCGAUUUAAAACAACAUUCUCUGCAUCUUCCUCUUAUUUUUACAUAUGAGAGUACAAAAAUCUUAACAUUGACAUUUCUGAAUUAAAUCCUAAUUUUUACAUUUCAAGUGUUAAAACUUUUACUUUGAAAAUAUAGGAAUAUCUAGACAUGGACAGUGUUAAGAUUCCACAGUGUAUAGAAGCACAACUGAUACAUGUAGAGGCCUAUAGUUAAAAUCACAGAGAUAUAAGCAGUUUUUAAA